CUUUUGGCAAGUUAUUAAGGCCACCUGGAGGUUUGUCUGUAUCAUCGGGGCCAUCUGAGUAGUGCAAAUUCACCACCAUUCAGUCAGAGCUGAUGAAGCUACUUGGAUGAGAAGCGAAAGAAAAAGAAAAAAACAGAAAAAAGCACCUUUGGGAAAGCCCAGCAGAAAGAGAUAAGAAGGCUGCGGGUGAGAAAGACAAGAGAAAGAGUUGAGGAGGAGAAAGCGACGAGAAAGCCAUGAAGGCGUCCUUAGGGAAGGACGAGGGAGAUAGGAAGACUUGCAUGCACUUUGCACAUGCACAGAGACCGUUUCGGAUGCCCGGGCUUCGCCCACCGAGAGGCACCGCAUUCCUUCCCCUGCUCCUCGGCCCCGGUUGCCCUCUCGGUUAAACUCGGGCCUUGCAGGAGAGACCAGGAGCGGCUGGUCCAAGAGGCGGCGACGGCAGCCCCGUUGCCAUUGGUGGGCCGCGCCGGUCUUAAAGUCCACGCCGCUCGCCUGGGCUGCUGAAGCGGCGAAAAGAUGGUUGGCUCAGCGCGGCUCCCCCUCGCCCGUUUGCCCCGCUUCUUGGCCUGGAAGAGGGCCGGCACAGCCCGGGCCCUCCCGGGGAGAGAGGUGCAUCAGUAUCAAGAACUGAAAAACUCUUCCUGCCUCCAACCCAAAAUGCCUCCAUGUGCCUUUGUGCCUGAGAAGUAUGAUGAAGGUAACAGCAGCAGCUCAGAAACAGCUCGGCCGCCUGGGACAUACAAGUAACAUCUACUUGCAUCCAGGAAUCCAAGAAUAUGCCAAGAAGCUGACUUCGCUGCUUCCCGGCUCCUUAAAGGUAGCUUAUCUGACUAACAGUGGCACUGAAGCCAAUGACCUGGCAAUGUUAAUAGCAAGAAUUUUCACCCGCAACACUGACGUCAUUUGUUUGAG